AUGACGCCUACGCCCUCUACCUCGAAAAUAGAGAACUAUAAGUUUGUUUUCAGCAGCAUGUUGGUACUAAGGAGAAGUUAUGUUCGCCUUUUUUCUACCAAUGUUUAUAAACCAACCAAAAAUGUUCGUCUUAGAGAAAAAUUCAAAGAACUAUUAACACAAAACCCAAACAGACUUGAUUGGAAUGACAUCAGAACUAAAUUGUUGACAUACGAAAGAUUCUUGGAAUUAUCAAAUAUUGAUGCAAUAGUGAUUCGCAUGUGUUCCAAAGAGAAUCGUCUUGAUGUUGCAAAGUCUUAUAUUCAAUACCUAAAAUCAAAAUCAAUUGACGUGAACAGUGCAACUGCAGGAUAUUUCCUACGCUUGUUUUAUAACAGCAAUGAAAAUGAGAAGUCAAUAACAAAUGACGAAAUUGAUGAUGUUAAAAACUUGAUUAAUUCCCUUAUGCAAAAGCAUGAAAUAAUGGAUUCAACUUUAGCUGAGAACACAAUUUUAGGCCUAACUCUCACUGAUGAGUGGAUGAAGAGUCUUGAAUUGCUAGAACAAAUGAAAAUAAUUAGCACGCCAGGCCCAUUUGUUUAUAGUAGCAUCAUAAAAAAGGCUUUUGAAGAGAAUUGUGACGAUGUUGCUUGGCGUCUUUUAAAUCAGAUGUCGGAAAAAGAAAUACCUCCGAAUGCAUCUGUUUUUGUUAAAUAUUUUAGUAAAUACAUCAGCGAGAGAUCUUCAAUGGAAAAAAUGUUGAAUUUUAUAAGCGCGAAUGGUUAUAUAUUCAAUGCAACCUACAUUGAGGAGUUUUGCAGAGUAUUUAAUCAAGAAAAGAAACAUAAAAUCGUAAGAAUUUAUGACAACGGACUUUGUCCAGCAUGCAACAAGAAACUUCCCAGCAUUAAACUUAACAAAGAAGAGUUUGACAAGCUCUCAAAAACUUUUCUCGAUGAUGUUCUUAUUCGCAAAGAUGUUUUUCUUAAAACAAACCCUGAGGAAAUUGAAAGGUUUAAACAUUUCGUAGAGAAAAAUUUGGCUUUUGACUGUGUAAUUGAUGGACUCAACGUUGCUUAUUCACAUGGAAAUCAACAACCCCCUAUACAAUUUGCAAGGAAUAUUGCAGCGGUUGUGAAAUAUUUUGUCGAAAAAAACCAAUCAUGCUUAGUUAUUGGUCGGAAGUAUAUGGCUAGAUGGGACGUAAAGACAUUAGAUUACAUUAAAAAGAACAGCAGUUUGUUUCUAGCAGAUGAUUUAUCACAGGAUGACCCAUUUAUUCUUUAUUCUGCUCUUAAAAGUGGACCAAAAACGAAUAUAUUUUCAAGAGAUCUUAUGCGAAGCCAUUCAUAUCUUCUAGACGUGGAAUCGAAAAAACUUUUCAGGAAAUGGCAACAACAACAUCAAUAUUCACUCGUUACAACUUUACGAAAUCUGAAAAUCAUAGUGAAAGAGCCAAUAGAUUUUGAUAUAUCUACUCAAAAACAGGGAUUAACGAAUAUAAUGGCAUCUAAAGGUAGCACAAUGCCAAUAGGUACUGAUGGUACUGAUUUUCUUCAUCGCCAGCGUGUUGCUGAACAUUAUCAAAAAAGUGCUCUCAACAAAUCGCGCCUGAAAUUUUGCAUAUUCUUUCAUUAUUUGCUUUUCUUCGUCAUGCUUGGAAAACUUUCAGCUGACAUUUUAGACAAAUUGGAUAUUUUUAUUUUGGAAAUUGAAGAGCUAAGAGUUCCAAAGCCACUAUGGUGGGAAUAUAUUUGGUGUGUGUCUGUAGUUCUUUCUUUCAUUGGCCUCUCGGCGACCCGAUCCAAUCAAGUUUUAAAUAUGCAAAAGUACAUGAUUGGUGUUGUAGUGUUUGGACUGAUUCCUGUUGUAUACUGUAUCGUUUAUUACCUUUCCGAUGUUAUUGCUUAUUUGAAAUUGGAAGAUGACAUUGAGCUCGAGGAUGUUGAUAAUAUCAUGGUAUGGCAGAAUCUCCCUUACGGUGUUCUCUGGUAUGGCUUUGCAUUCAUGGCUCUUCAAAUUCAUUCUUUCUCGUUGUACUUCGCUUGGAAUUUAUGCAGUGCAUGGAAAGCUCGAGGCACGAAGAAAACGCAAUAGAAGAAAACAAUCUUUUCUCCCCAAGAUGCCUCUACGAACUGGAAUGGAUAAUGUACUUAAACUAUUUUUGUUUCGCAAAUUUUCUUUAUAUUUUUAUCCAUACAAUUGCAGGACUCUAUCGUUAGUUUAAAAUUUGCAACUGCCAACUCACUAAAUUUAUUAUCGUUUAAACUUUAAAAGCCCAAUCAUAAUAUAUUUAAUAAAUGUAGAUCUUUCUACAUACUUACAAGAAUUAAGAACAAAAAAUAUUAUUUUUUGAGGCAUGGAAAUUUAUUGGGAAACGUGUUGUGUGUAUGGAAACUUUUUGAAAACGAAUUUAAUGAUCGCGAUAAAGAAGAAAUUUUAAAGCAUACAUUUUAUUCUGUAAAAAAUUGGUUGAAUAAAUUUAAAAACUAAACUGAUAAUAAGAACCAGACA